UGGCCACAGGCCAGUCACCCUCACCAACCCCUGUCAGGAUUCAGAUGCUGCGCUCAUCUGCCGUCCUCCCUGAUGCAAUCAUCGGGCUUCUUUCACCAGAGACUGUCCUGCACUGGUGCUCCCCAGAUGCCCUGGGGGAUGGGCAGGAGUAGUCUCUUUCCCACCAAGCCAGGCUCUGUGAGGGGGUCUAGAAAGUAACAGCUGGACCCUCGACUUUAGGAUCGCUUCAACGAGAGAUUUGGGGCGAGGACCGUGCGAUGUGUACUCGGCUACAGGCAGAGGCUCGUGCCUGGGCUGUGGCAGCGGGCAAACAGGUAAGGACGCUAAGUCCCGGGCCCGGAGAAGGAAACGUGCGUGCUUGAGACCGGAGCUCCCGGGUUCUGCCUUGCAGUCGGGAGCUAGUCCCCGGAUCCGUGCAGAGAAUGCGGCACUUUCUGGGGACCAACUGGGCUGCCCAUCGUUGCGGUAGUGAUCCGAGAGGAAGGGACAAGGGGCGCGGCGCCCAUCUACCUGGGCGGAGGACAGGGUGAGGCACCAGGUAGGAUGGGGCUCCGCCUCCUGCUACCUACCUGGCCCGAAGGGCGGAGGCUGUGCGUCUUGGAGCCGUGCCUCUUUUUCUCUCCCUAUCUCUCCCUCUCUCCCUCCGGGUCUCCAAGCCCUCAGCCUCCUUAGUCUGUUGCAGGAAGGAAGCCUAGAGGGGAGGGCUACAGAGCCGGGGCUGCUGACCAUCAAACGCCGCCGAUGAAGGCUUUAUUUUGGGACUGGAAGCUCAGAGUAAAAGAAUCCGUUUGUACCACCAGCAAGGAGCUCAGGUUAGUCGGCAUGGGCAUGCCAGACCCCAGGGAUGACGAGGGUAUGUAGGCCACUCUAACCCUAUCCCGGUCUUCCUCAAAACCUGGGAUCCAAACCCAGCCUCUGCCGGUAAGAAUCCCUUCCCUUCUGCCACAGCAAGGCUCUUGACCCAGGAAACUAAACCCGUUCAUAGAAAGUUCCAAGGUUCACAGGCUUCUCCGGAAUGCUUGCUUUUCAGCUACGUAGCUGCCUUGGAUUCACCCAGCGGGGCAGACUUGGGUUGAACCGUUUGUUUGGUAUGUUAACUGAUCCUCACGUGGGAUCCACAGAUGUUUGUUCCUGUCUCACAGGGAAAGUUAUACGGCAUCCAGGCAGGGGCUUGCCUUUGCGCUUCUAAACGCCUCCUCCUCCCCUGGGCUCCCCUGGUCUCCAACACUUACUGCCUGUGGAGGUCGAUGUGCCCUUACAUAUAGGUGCACCCGGGAAAGUAGCUGAGGCGUAAGGUUCCCAACAGGCCCUGAACCUCAGUGUCUUGCACCCACUCAUUUGCAUGUCUCCUGACCCCAUCCCUGGAGAUUCGAAGUCUUACAAGCCUGGAUUUAGGCUCUCUUCUGACCCAGGAGCUGCUCGCUUAGCUCCCUGGGGCAGAGGAGUCCCAGCCUCUGGUUCACACUGUGUGCCUUCUAAGCCACUUUUCCCCCUACAGCCAUGUGGACCCCCAGCCGCAGGCAGCUCUGCCUGGCCUUCUUGCUGGUCUGUGUGCUCUCUGCCGGUUCCUUCUUUUUCCACCUGUGUGGAGGAAACUUCUUUCGAAAUAAGCUAACUCUCUCUUUCCUGUGUCCGGACUACCACCUGCUGAAGUCCCCAGUGGCCAUGGUAUGCCUGCCCAGCCCAUUGCAGACAGUCAACGCCUCCGCCUCCCCUUCCUGUCCUGGACAAGUCUCCUCACUCUCUGGGACUUGGACCAUCUCCCCAGGAGGCAGGUUUGGUAAUCAGAUGGGGCAGUACGCUACAUUGCUGGCCCUGGCCCAACUCAAUGGCCGCCGAGCUUUCAUUCAGCCUGAGAUGCAUGCCACCCUGGCCCCGGUAUUCCGCAUCUCCCUGCCUGUGCUGGACCCUGAGGUGGACAGCCUGACGCCUUGGCAGCAUUUAGUCCUCCAUGACUGGAUGUCAGAGGAGUACUCCCAUCUGGAGGACCCCUUUCUCAAGCUGUCCGGUUUCCCUUGCUCUUGGACCUUUUUCCACCAUCUCCGGGAACAGAUCCGCAGGGAGUUCACCCUGCAUGACCACCUUCGGGAAGGUGCCCAGCACCUGCUGAGUGGGCUCCGCCUAGGCCCCCGGGGCAUCCGCCCUCACACCUUUGUGGGUGUACACGUGCGUCGUGGAGACUAUCUGCAGGUGAUGCCCGAUCGCUGGAAGGGUGUGGUGGGGGACCGAGCUUACCUCCAGCAAGCCAUGGACUGGUUCCGCGCCCGACACAAAGACCCCAUCUUUGUGGUCACCAGCAAUGGCAUGAAAUGGUGUCUGGAGAAUAUUGACACAUCCCGUGGGGACGUGGUCUUCGCGGGCAAUGGGCAGGAGAGCACGCCAGGGAAAGACUUUGCGCUGCUCACACAGUGCAACCACACCAUCAUGACCAUUGGGACCUUCGGCUUCUGGGCGGCCUACUUAGCUGGUGGAGACACUGUCUACCUGGCGAACUUCACCCUGCCAGACUCGGAGUUUCUGAAGAUCUUCAGGCCUAAGGCUGCCUUCCUGCCUGAGUGGGUGGGCAUUAAUGCAGACCUGUCCGCACUGCAGGCUCAGAUUGAUUCUUGGAAGUCAGACGGUCUUUUAAGAUUGGUCUGAACCACCUAGCGUCAGCCAUCAUGUCUCUAGAGGCCUGUGUCUUUGGAAUUUGGAUGUGGUAGUCCACGAGCUGGGGAGACUCUCUGGAAAUGUGGGAAUGUUCUAGAAAUAUUCCAACAGAACAGCACUGUCUGAUUGCUGGGGAGUCCGAGUUGGCCCUGUGAGCCACCGCCCUCUUCUGGCCCACACAGCUUACCUUCUUAGAACUUCUGGAUUAUGGGAGUGAAGGAACUCCUGGCGCACAGCUGGCUUUCGGGGUUCCUGGAGCCAUUCUCGGGGGCAUGGUGGCUGUUUCCGAGGGCCCUGCCAGCGCUCGAGGUAGUGAAGAACUGACUGAAGGUGAGAACUCCGUAUCUCCCCGCUGCCACUGCUACAGACGUGGAGUGAUGCGGAAGGCCCUGCCAGGAGCCAGCGUUGGCUUAGAAAGACGAGAACGACUUCAGCAGAUCUGAGUUCUGUCCAGCUCCUGGGCCACAGAAAAACCUUCAAGACUUUUUUAUUUAGGGUGGAGGGAGGAAACGGGCUAAAAUGUGGGAGCGAGGGGAGAAGGGGCCACCGCCGCGGGGCUGUGCUCCUGAGGGGCGGGGCUUGCAGAAGCAGAGUCUCCUAAAAUCCCAGGGACUUUUUAAAGAAGAGUUGAAAACUUUUAAAGAAAUAGAUUAGCCCUGAAUUUAGGAUCAAGAAGGUUCCCUCUCUGAUGCUACAGGGGACCAGGAGUCUGUUUUCUGGAAGUGACCAGGUCCUCAGGAAACAACGGUGUGCCCUUGGGUUCACAGAGCCACUAAAUCUGCCUUUGAGAAGGUCCAGACCCCUGCACCAGCUUAAGGCCCUGCAGGAGCGCGGGCUCGGAGCAUGGACGUUUCCCUGAGACGUCGGGUGUCCUUGAUACUUUUUUCAGUGAAGUUUCCUCAGAUAACAUUUAAUCCAAGCGUAUUCGCAGGGAUUUUUCUGGGUACCUUUUCCCAACUCGGCCUGGACAGGCUGGAAAGAGGGAGCUGGGAAUUAAAGGGCUACGUCAGCAA